CACGAUGCCUCGGUCCCGCUGGCUGAGAUCUGUGGGGGCCUUCCUGCUGCUAGCCCCCUGCUGGGCACCCCGGGUGAGGUGCCUGGGUCUCCUACAGCAGCCCCCCCUGGUGCAUGGGUGCCCAGUCCUGGGGGCCUGGCACAGUGUCCGCCGCUGGUGCCAAGCGUGGACAGAGGAGCCUCGAGCACUUUGCUCCUCCUUCAGAAUGAAUGGAGACCAGAAACCAGAUGUCUAUGCCCAAGAAAAGCAGAAUUUCGUUCAGCACUUCUCCCAGAUUCUCAAGGUGAUGACUGAGGAUGAGAUCGUGCAUCCAGAGACAGGAGAUGCUAUUGCCCGGCUCAAGAAGGUCCUGGAGUACAAUGUCCCUGGAGGAAAGUACAACCGAGGCUUGACAGUGCUGGCAGUGUUUCAGGAGCUGGUGGAGCCAAGGAAGCAGGAUGCUGAUAGUAUGCAGCGGGCCCUGACCGUGGGCUGGUGUGUGGAGCUGCUCCAAGCUUUCUUCCUGAUAUUAGAUGACAUAAUGGAUUCAUCCCUUAUCCGACGGGGGCAGCCCUGCUGGUAUCAAAAGCCAGGCAUAGGUUUGGAUGCCAUCAAUGAUGCUGUGCUGCUGGAAGCGUUGGUCUACCGCCUGCUGAAGCUGUACUGCCGGGAGCAACCCUAUUAUCUGAACCUCAUUGAGCUGUUCCUGCAGAGUUCCUAUCAGACUGAGAUUGGACAGACCCUGGACCUCAUCACUGCCCCCCAGGGCAACGUGGAUCUUGGCAGGUUCACUGAAAAGAGAUACAAAACCAUUGUCAAGUACAAGACAGCUUUCUACUCUUUCUACCUUCCUGUAGCUGCUGCAAUGUACAUGGCGGGCAUUGACGGGGAGAAGGAGCACGCCAGUGCCAAGAAGAUCUUGUUGGAGAUGGGCGAGUUCUUUCAGAUUCAGGAUGAUUACCUUGAUGCCUUUGGUGAUCCCAGUGAGAUGGGCAAGAUUGGCACUGACAUCCAGGACAACAAAUGCAGCUGGCUGGUGGUUCAAUGUCUGCAGCGGGCUUCUCCAGAACAGCGCCAGAUCCUGCAGGAGAAUUAUGGGCAGAAAGAGCCCGAGAAGGUAGCCCGGGUGAAGGCAUUGUAUGAGGAGCUGGAGCUGCCUGCUGUAUUCAAACAGUACGAGGAAGACAGUUUCAGCAGCCUUAUGGGUCUCAUUGAGCUGCAUGCUGCUCCCCUGCCUGCAGCCAUCUUCUUGGGACUGGCACGCAAGAUCUACAAGCGGAGAAAGUGACCUAGAGUCUGCGAGGGCAGGGAGGGGAGGCUCUCAAUAAAUUAUUAUUGUCUAACCUUC